AUGCCCGCCGCUGCCAUUCAAGCGCCGAGGUCGUACGGACGACGAGUCGACAAGUUUACCCCUGAAAUCAUCCCUCGCCCCAUUGGCAUGCAGAAACCGCCUCAUCCUCACGACAAUACGGGCAUCGACCCCAGGACCCUCCAGCAAAGACGGGAUGACUUUGUCAACUACGAGAAGCAUCUCGCUCGCCGCAAGCAGCUAAAAGAUCAAAUCUCCCGCCCCUAUUUCCGCGAUUGGACAAACCUGCAAUUCCAUGAAGGCAAAUCCUUCCUCGCCCCGCCACGGCCCUUCCGCUCCGACGUGUCUCUGUUCUUUCCCAACUUCGUGGGCGACACGCUUCUCAAGGGCGACAAGGGCAACUUCCGCGACACCACCAACGUCCUGCACGGCAAGACGUCCGUUGUCGCCAUGUACAACGGCAAGUGGGCCGAAGACCAGGCCGGGACCUUCAUCUCCAAGACGCACAACCCGGCCCUGCACGAGCUUAUGGCUUCCAACCCAAACGCCCUGCAGACUGUUCAGCUCAACCUCGAGGAUAACAGAGCCAAGGCGUGGCUGGUGCGACUGUUUGCGGGGAGCCUCAGACGCCAGGUUGGGGAGGAGAACUGGGGGAAGUACUUCAUCGUCAAGUCCAAGAUCUCGGAUGAAAUUCGUGAGUCGAUCGGCUUGCUCAACAGCAAGGUGGGAUACGUCUACCUCGUGGACCACCUGUGCAGGAUACGAUGGGCCGCCAGUGCCAAUAGCCGGCCGGACGAGUGUGAGAGUCUGGUAAAAAGCGCGAAAAUAGUGCUCGACGAGUACGAGAAGGAUUUGAAGGACAUUCGCGCAUUAAAUUCUCCGAAUAAAGAGCGAUCCCGAGGCUGA